CACGGAAGGAGAAGCAAAUAAACACCAACCAGAACUUUACUUCUACUGUUGACGUUUUGAGAAUGUGCAAGAAGUUGAAGAUUUUCAUGAGAAAGCUACAAAGUAGAUUCUCCAAAAGGGUAGGGAAUUGUGGUGAGUUCGAGGUAGAGGGUAAUGCGGGUAGUAGUGCUGCAUGGAUGAUUCCAAGUGAUGUGAAGGAAGGGCACGUAGCGGUGAUUGCCGUUAAAGGAGAGAGAGCUAAGAGGUUUAUUUUGGAGCUUGAAGAGUUGAACAAACCUGAGUUCAUGAGGCUGCUCGAGCAAGCAAGGGAGGAGUUCGGGUUCCAGCUCAGAGGACCUCUGACCAUUCCAUGCCAGCCGGAAGAAGUACAGAAGAUUCUACAAGGAGGUAGAGAGUAUUGAUUUUAGAUUGUAGAGAAACAAUGUUAGUUGAAAUUCUUUUCCUACAAGAAUUUACCAUUCUUUCUCUUAUUCACCGUUCUGGUGAUUGUUCAUUUUUUUCCUCUCAACACUUAUUUGAAUGUAAGAGGUUUUCGUAAGAAGCUAGCUUGAUAUUACCACCAAUAUUACAGCUUCAAUGGAUGCAUAACAUUUUCUCCCUAGAUUAAGCAAUUUUUCUAUUGCAGGCAGUACAAAACUAAACUAGUACUAAUAAUCAUGUCCGAGUUAUUUAUUAGUCACUAUUACAGUUUUUAGCAAGCAUUGGAGACCACACAGUACUAAAUACCAAAUACAAAGAACCGGAAGGUGGUAAUGGUGAUCAUAUCAACAGAUUCUAGUUCUGAGCUUAAAAGACAGAGUUUCUAAUCUUUCAAUAAUGAUAUAAGAGAUUUAACCAGAGGAGUUUAAAGAGUGAAGAGUUGAGUGAUU